ACUGGCACGUAAACCAUCUUUCCUGCCUGCCUGUAUAAGUAUAAAUACCAUAUAAGCGCCUCAGACAUUACCCGUCGCUUCAGUCAUCACCAGCCCACAGACAGAGAAAUAAGGAGUAGCGGGAAAAAGAAGAGGCGUCGAUCAGGGGGCGACGGCGUCAGGAUGGUCGCCGACUCUUCUUGGUCGCCGUCGAUGUCGGCGCCGGAGAGCGUGUCGAGAAGGCUGGUUCAACACCACAAGGCCAUGAUCGGGUUCCUCUUCGGCUUCUUCCUCGUCGUUGGGCUCUACUCCACAGUGUCUGGCCAGUUCGGAUCGACAAAUACCAUUGCCGUUCUGCAGUCCGCGCCGACAGCCGAGCAUUCCGAUAAAAAUACCACGGCUUCUUCACCUGGGGCGUCAAUGUCAUCACCACCAGCGUCGGCGCCGAAGAAUUCUACUCAAGGUGCAGUGCAUGAUGUGGAUAAUGGGCAGAAUGUCGACGCAACUAAGAAAACGGGGGACCAACGUCUUCAAGACAAUGUACAUGGAAGCGACAGCAUUAAUAACAAGACGUCUGCGAACUUCACUGUUAAUUUAGACAACCUGCAAGCGAACAGAACGGACAAGUCAGGUCAGACAGUAAACACUGCAAGUGACAAGCAGGAGGAAGAAAUCAUUCGGCAAGAACUCGAUCUCGACGGCGACACAAACGAGAGAAACACUCGACAUGGUGCUCCCAGAAAGCCCAUCUGCGACCUGUCGGACCCGAGGUACGACGUGUGCGACAUGUCCGGCGACGCGCGGGCCAUCGGCGGCCCGAACAGAACAGUCCUCUACAUCUCCGGUGACGCCGCCGGUGCCGAGGAGGGCCACGAGUGGGCCAUCCGCGACCAGUCCCGCAAGCACCUGGAGUACAUCAACACGGUGGCCGUCAAGUCCCUGAGCGCGGCCCAGGCCCAGGCCCAGUCCGCGCCAGAGUGCACCUCCCGGCACGCCGUGCCAGCCGUCGUGUUCGCCAUGAACGGCCUCACCUCCAACCCGUGGCACGACUUCAGCGACGUCCUGAUCCCGCUCUUCAUCACCGCCCGGGGCUUCGACGGCGGCGUCCAGUUCCUCGUCACCGACAUCCAGCCCUGGUUCCUCGACAAGUACCGCCUCAUCCUCGCAAACCUCUCCCGCCACGACAUCGUCGACUUGGACAAGGAAUCCGGCUCUGUCCGGUGCCACCCGCGGGUCAUCGUGGGCCUCCGCAGCCACCGCGACCUCGGCAUCGACCCGGCCCGCUUCCCGGCCGGUAACAAGAACUACACCAUGCUGGACUUCCGCAUGUACAUCCGGGAGCUCUUCUCCCUCCCCCCCGCCUCCGUCGACAUCCCAUACAAGGAGCAAAGUGCGGCGGCAGCGGCAGAGAAACAACGGAAGAAGCCGCGGCUGAUGCUGAUCAACAGGGGCAGGAACAGGAAGUUCGUGAACCUUCCCGAGAUCGCUGCCGCGGCAGAAGCCGCCGGGUUCGAGACGGUGGUGGUGGAGCCCCGGCGGGACCUGAAGCUGGAGGAGUUCUCCCGGGUGGUGGACUCGUGCGACGUGCUGAUGGGCGCGCACGGGGCCGGGCUGACAAACUUCUUCUUCCUCCGCACGGGCGCCGUGAUGCUGCAGGUGGUGCCGUGGGGGCACAUGGAGCGCCCGUCCAUGGAGUUCUACGGGGUGCCGGCAAAGGAGAUGAGGCUGCGGGACGUCGAGUAUAGUAUUACGGCGGAGGAGAGCACGUUGUACGAGAAGUACGGCAAGGACCACCCGGCGGUGCGUGAUCCGGAGUCGAUCCACAGGCAGGGGUGGCAGCUCGGGAUGAGGUACUACUGGCUGGAGCAGGACAUCAGGCUCAACGUCACCAGGUUUGCUCCCACGCUGCACCAGGUGCUCCGGACGAUCCGGGGAUAGAUCGAGCUAGGGGAGGGGAUUAAUUCUAGGAGACAUGUAUUGUAGAAUAAAAACUUCAUUGGGUUAAUUGUUGGUAGUUAUCUCUUUGUGUGAUUAUUAAUUUCAUAUUCUACUUCCGAAAAGACUCGCUCCACAGAAAGAAAUACAGAAAAAAUUGGCGUGCCAA